AUGGCGGAGGCUAGGAGCACGCCGCUGAAGAACGCGCUGCUCUCCGAUGUGUGCAUCAGCACGUCCGCGGCGCCGACCUACCUCCCGGCGCACUACUUCAAGACCCAAGACGCCGGCGGCAAGGCCCGCGAGUACAACCUCAUCGACGGCGGUGUCGCCGCCAACAACCCGACCAUGGUCGCGAUGACGCAGAUCACCAAGAAGAUGCUGGGCAAGGACAAGGAGGAGCUGUUCCCGGUGAGGCCGGCGGACUGCCGCAAGUUCCUGGUGCUGUCGAUCGGGACGGGGUCGGCGUCCGACGAGGGUCUCUUCACGGCGCGGCAGUGCUCCCGGUGGGGCGUCGUCCGGUGGCUCCGCAACAAGGGCAUGGCGCCCAUCAUCGACAUCUUCAUGGCGGCCAGCUCGGACCUCGUGGACAUCCACGCCGGCGUGCUGUUCCAGUCGCUCCACAGCGACCGCGACUACCUCCGCAUCCAGGACAGCUCGCUCCGCGGCGCCGCGGCGACCGUGGACGCCGCCACGCCGGAGAACAUGCGCACGCUCAUGGGGAUCGGGGAGCGGAUGCUGGCGCAGCGGGUGUCGAGGGUGAACGUGGAGACCGGGAGGAACGAACCGGUGCCCGGGGAAGGGAGCAACGCCGACGCGCUCGCCGGGCUGGCCAGGCAGCUCUCCGAGGAGAGGCGGACGCGGCUCGCGCGCCGCGCCGCCGCCGGCUGAGCCGGCGGCUCCAGAUGCUGCUCCCCUGUUAAAAUAUACUAGCAUUGUAUACUGACUGCUGAUUUUUUUUUUCUUUUUGGGUAGUUUUUUUAGUA